AGGUAUUUUAUCAGUGGAUAACGCGUCGCCUGAUUUGUAUUUGGACUCGUUAUAGUGAGAAACUUGGAUCGAAGUUCGUCUGGAAUUAUAAUGACACUAAGAAUCACACUUGUGCUUUUAAUAUCGUUUAUUGUUUGUACAGCAUAUGAUCCUGAGCUUUGUCGUGAUAAGUUCAUAAGAAAUGGCUUUAUUCCGAAAUAUACAUUGGACAUUUCUGAUAUAAAACUUAAAGUAACUUUCAAGUACACAAGUGGACACAAAGCAGGCUGUGGAAAUAUACUUGAUAUCCGCUCCGUGAGCAAAGCCCCGUUUGUAGAAGCAGACGUUGGCCGAGCGUGCAAAUACCUCACUGUUCUAAUAAUGGAUGUGGAUUAUGAGCGAGGCGCACCGUUUCUUCAUAUGUUGAUCCAUAAUAUAAAAGCAAGUGAAUUGGAGUUUGGCAUCGAUUGUAGGAAAGAAUGGGAAGGAACAGCAGCAAACUACUAUAUGCCAGGAAAGACCGGAUAUGGCUCCUAUCGGAUGGUUGUACUCGCAUACUGUCAAGAGCAUUACAUUCAUCGAAUGACGCAUCGGUACUGGGUGUACAACGAUAGAAAGUACUUCAAACCCACCCACAUGGCGAAAGAGUAUGGAUUCAGGAGAGCGAUUGCUGGCACAUAUUUCAAUGUAACAUAUGAUAAGUGAUAUUGAUGUACGACAUUGUACUGUGCAACUUAUUUAUUUUUCUUUUAAAUAAAA